AUGGACGCGAUCCAGAGUCAAAUCAUUCGCUUCAACGGAGAGCCGGCCGGGUGGUUCAGUCUGCAGCCAUUCUGCGAUGUGCUGGGUCUGCUGGACGACGCCAAGCUGCGAGAGAUACCGGAGACGCGCAUCGUCGCCGAGUGCGGCGCCGGCUCCAGUGAGGACGACAGCCUGGCCGACAGCAUGGUCCGCUACGUCCAAAUGGUCCAGCUGAACUGCAAGCGGCAGAUCGGGGCCAGUGACUUCGAUCAGCUGAACGAGCGGCUGGCGAACGUGGGUCGCCGCCGGGCCCGCGGCGUGAUGAUGGCACAGAAGGAGAUGGAGGACUCGCUCAACGCGGACCUGAAGGUGGUGUGGGAUGAGCUCAAAGAGGCGUACAGCGGGGCCGACAAAGUACCGAUGAGCAUGAUCGGGUACGUGGGCUCCGUCAUCCCCAGCGCCGACAUCGCGAUGCUCGACCUCACCACCGAAGAUGCCGUUUUUGAGUUGGGAAUGCCUAUGAAGAUGACGGAAGCGCAGCUGGAUGCACUGGCGACCCGGGCGAAGGCCCAGUGGAGUGUGCUGUCUGGCAGCGCGGCUGACUACACGGCGGACACCGUGGGCACUCUGGGCCAGAUCAUCUGCGGCAUGGCCCCGGCCGACGUGGAGAGCAUCCCGGCGGCGCGCUUCAAGGAGGCCAUGACGGUGCUCUCCGAGGUCUACUGGUGCAAACAAGCCGUCGCCGAGAAGUUGGCCGAUAAAGCCGUCGCCAUCUACGGCGAACCAUCCACCUGGGGGAUGAGUGAGGUGGCUGGCGUGGGAGCGGUGAUUGGCGGGCUGGAGGCGAUUGAAGCUGAAAAGCAUCAAGGACGAAGUCGAUGCGAGGACUGA